AGAAGAAGUUUUGUGACGUCGAUUGUCGUAAACAACGUCAAUAUGUCUGAACGAGCAGCGUAGCCAGAAAAAUAAAAGCUUAGUUUUUGUUUUUGAUUUACUUUUGCUUUUGUUACGUUUGGCGACUUUGAUAGUGUAUUAGAUGGAGACCAAGCGCUUACCAUGAAACUCCGGCUGCAGAAUGACAGGUGAGCUGAAACAGUGACAGUAAAUCCGAGCUGAUAGAAAACAUCUGUUAGCUGCUAAAGCUAGCGGCUACUCAAUGGAGGACACGGUUAGCUUGUCUUUAGCUGUCAGGACUCUGAAAAGGAUCGAUUGAAAGUAACUCAAAACCUCUAACAUUUGUCCUUUAAUUCUAAAAACUGAGCUGUAUUUCUGCAAUGUUAGUAAUCCUGUCCGUGUAAACAGAGCAGGGUAAAGAGUCUCCAAAACUUGGAGUAAUCUGGUCCUUAGUGGGUCAUUUUGUAGUCUUCAGUUUAUCAGAUAAUUAAGAUAUAUUAUUUCAUAGUUAUCUAGUAGUAUUGAAAUGACAAUUGUCUCUUUCAUUAAAUUGAGAAUUUUUUAACUGUCGAUAAAACGGCCUGCAAUAAUUCAGGUGCCUUUUUUUAUUACUUGAAUGUAAAUAAGAACAUUAGCAACAAGUUUGACAACUCCUUUUAGAAGGCUAGUGUGCUGUGAGGAGACAGAUGAGUGACAGCACUCUCAAGUUUGUUUCUUAAACACUUUUCACAGCUGAUAUUCACACUGAGUGAUACUACACUUGCACUAAUGCUGAAAAUCAGGGCCGAUACUAAUUAGGGCUCGACAAUAUGGAUUUUUCGGGCUGAUACCGAUUAUUGGGGGGGGAUCCGAUUACCGAUUAAUCGGCCAAUUUUUUAUUUAUUUAAGUUUAAAAAUUUUGUAAAUUUAAGUAAUAUGUCUACAUAUUUACUUUUUUCUUUUUUUUUAACAAAGGCUGCUUAUGAGCCUUUCAAACACCUCUUCAAAGAAUUAAAGGCAGAAAACGAAUUUUUAUUGCUAAAACAACCCCUGGCUAUUUAUUUUAACUGUAAUAAAGAUGAUAAACUAAUUCUUUUCAGCUUAUUAUUCAGACUGUAGCAGGUGUGACUCUGAUUAUUUUGUCAACCUCCGUCUUGUCAAACACUCACACUUGCCAUCCUCUAAAAUAAAUAGCCUAUAUAAAUAAAAAAAUAAAAAAUAAAGCUAACUCACGUACAUCGUAAAAAAUGAGGAACACUCAAUAUACUGUAGGCUUCUGCUCUUCACGCCAACAGGACAACUGACUGAUCAUCUCAGUAAUAUUCUAGCAUGAAUCAAACUCGGACCAGAAAAGCGUUUUCAACUACUAGUAUAUUAGUAGUAGUAUAGUAUAGUACUAGUAGUAUUUCACAAACUGGUUUAUUCACCAUUUUUCAGUAAAACAUAUUACAGGCUAAGGUAGUUGUGAAUUUUGGAUUUCAGUGUUCUUUUGUAGUAAAGGUGUAAAGGCUUUACAGAUAUAGAUCAGGAUGAUAGAAAUCAAGAUAGUAUUGUAGAGUAUACAGAUUAGCAUCAGCCACUGACAUUGGUGCAUGGCACUUGCUAAUGUUUAUCAACACGCCUGAUAAUCUGAUGUUCAAGUGAUAAACUUGUGCAUCCCUAAAUGAUACACACGACUGACAAAAGAUAACAGGGUGAGAUUUUGGUCAGAAAACACAGUUUAUACGUGUAUAUUUUUACAAUUAAACCAAAGACCUUCCUUUUUAGCCUAGCUUUUAGUUGAAUUUUGUAUUAAUCUUUUAAUCUGUGUCACGAGAUUUUACCCUAUUUUAGCCCUAGAGUAACUAUUUUGUGUUUUACCUCUUUUUUAAUUUACUUUCUGUUAUUGUUUGAUUUUAAGACUGUUUCAUUGAAGUAACUUUUAAUGCUUCAUCACCUUUAUUGUAUUUUAUCAUGGUUUUAUUAUUUUAGUCCUAGAUCCAGUGUUUCCUCAUUUGUUUUAACUCAAGAUAGCAUUUCCUCAGUCAUCUGUGGCAAGUUGAAGAGUCCUCACUUGGUCUGUUGUGUAUGCAUCUGUGUGUGUGAGUGUGUGAGUGCCGUAUGUGUUGAAUGGGGGUUGGGACGGUGGGUGGGGUUUGGUAUUUGUAUUUGUAUUUAUUUUAUUUCAUUGUUUUUUAAUAUCCUGUGCGAAAGAACAGCACUUUGUGCUACAUUCUAUGCAUGAAAAGUGCUUUCAAAAUAAAGUUUGAUUGAUUGACUGAUUGAUAAAAGACAAGGCUAGCAAUAAGAUAAUAAAAACCACUUUGUCCACAGGGAGGCUUAAAUGACCUGAAACAAAAGUGCCUCACAGGAGCUUUUAAAAUAUAAAAAAAAACUUUUUUUUUUUUUCAUUUUUUAGACUCAUCAUGUUAUUUCUGGUUUUUCAAAGAAAUAAAGUUCAUCAAACUGUGCUCAAGCUUUUGAUUUACUUUCUCACUGUUCCUUUCUCACUUGUCUUUUCUGUCACAGGAGUAAUACCAGAAGAGCACUGAAACCGAGGGAGUCUCCUACUGUAAUGCAGCCGAAUUCAAGUGAGCAGGGCGCUCAUUCAGGAAAUGGCUUAUCUUUAACUCUGCAGCCAGAGCUUCUCACCAGGACUCCAGCUCCUGGUGGUGGUGCUGCUGCUGCCCCUGCUGCCAGUCCUGAGAGUGUUGAAAUACGGGUACCCAUGACCGGUGGGUCAGGGGAGUCAGGUGGAGGUGCAUCAUCCAGGAGGUGCAGAAUCAACUCUCAUGGUCACUCCCACUCUCAGUCACAUGGACACCAUCGAGCGCAGCAUCACCCAAACUCGGAGCCAGAUCUUGAGUCACCUGACUCUGAUGUGGACUCUGGAGAACCCACCACCUCUCUGUCAGAGCUGCGCUGUCUUUUUCGCUGGAUCCAAAAGAGUCUUCCUUUCCUCAUCAUACUGUGUGCUAAACUGGUCAUCCAGCAUGCUCUUGGUGAGUAAACAUCAGGCUAAUACCACUGUUGCAGCUGCCACCUUCAGUAAACUUACCAAACUUCUUCUCACUAUCUACCAGGUCUAGCAGUUGGCGUUGGCCUCUUUACAACGUUUCUAUAUGUGAAUAAAAACAUUCAAACUCAAGUUUUUCUUCAGGUAAGUCAGGAACAGAAAAAUCCACUUGUUGAUCGCUCAUAAAUCUGACUGCCAUCUGAUUUCUGAAUCCUUUUUUUUGACUGUUUGCUCACUCAGGAUCGUCAGUCCAAGCUGCAGAGUGUAUGGCUGCUGCUGUUCCUGACCUCUUCCACCCUCCUGCUUUAUUACACUUUCCACACUGAGACACUUUACCAUUGGUAAGAGUAAACGCACAGUCUCAAGUUAGCAUUACUGUGGGGCUGUGUCCUAAACUGUGGCUCAUUGAUAGUCAGUAUAGUCACAGUCAAACCGAGGUCGCGUUCACACCAGCCUCGUUUAGUCCAGUUGAACUGAACCCUGGAGUGUAUACCUCCUUGGUGCGGUUUGUUUUGGUUGGUGUGAACGCUGGCUUCGUACUCUGGCCUCUCGGGUCUGCCUGGUGGCGGUUGACCGCUUUCAAGUGAACUCUAGAGCGGUUUACUUCUGGUGUGAACCCCAUCUGUACCAGUCACAGGAAGCGCGUCUCGAAAAACAACAAAGGUAGGCUCUCGUUAUUGCCUGUUGUCUUCUGUGAUAUGAUCAAUUGCAGAUCGUCUCUUGCGAUGUGUGUGUAUUAAUAUGUUAUUUAAUUGUCGCAGUCUUCCCUGCCAUUCAAUAUGCGUGGUCCGUUAAAGUCUGCUGAUAUGCAGUCCAGAUCAGCACCAACAUAAAAAUGAGCAGACGAUGCUCCGUAAUGUACAGUAAAAAUUGCGAGGGAUUUGUCGUCUACCUGCCUAAACUGUAUAAGCAAUCACCAAACAGCAUUUGCUGCCAUGUGACAAUUUUUGGACCAUUUGAGUUUGGCCUUUGUGAACGCGAACCGGACCAAGUGAGAUAUUGCAGUAUAUUUUCAGUGUAUCAUCCUCGCUUUGGUUCAUAUCGGAAAAUGGAUCUUUUGGUGUGAACAUGACCUGAGUUAACUCAGCUGAGUGAAAAAAGAGAAUACAUGUCUUUGUUUUGUUUUGCUCUUACAUGUAGUUGCAUGUAUCAUAUGAGUGAAACCAAAUAUCAAAAUGAGUACAUGUUUGGAAUGACCUACUGGUGCUACCACUAUGACAAAUAAAAUCAGUAAAGUAUCAUAUGAAGAAGGAGGAGAGGGAAUAAGAAUAUUUUGUGGCACAUUUGACAUGAGUGGAGAGGCUCAUCACCAUAGAAUUAAAUAUGACAGAGGAAUAAACCAAGACAGAAAACUUAAACAACUUUAAAUAAUGGGAACUAUGAUCAAGCAACAAAAUCCAGCAAUCCAGGAGUGAGGAGAGAUAGAUGCUAACAAAUAGAAUACAGAUAAAACAAAGAAAGUAGCAAAUAGUUAAUAGCUAUUUGGAAACUAAGAAAGACUUUGUGUAACGCCAGUUCCCUGGGAGUUGGGACACAAUGUAAACUGUUUGAAUCAUUUUAGCCGAAUGUGAAUUUGAAAAAGAAACAAAAAGCUGGGAAUAAAAUGAUUAAGUCAGAGAUGCUCAGUUUCCCAGAGGUAAAGAUUGGAGCGCUUUAAUAAAAGCAGACAUGACUCUGUGGUGGACUGUAGCAUGCAAAGAGGAAAUCACUUAUAAACAUGAAGUGAGUAACUGUCCAGUAGUCUGACAAUUUAAUGUUUAACAGUCUUUUUUGAAAAUCAUUGACACUGGGUUCUAAACUUUGAAGGAGAGAGGGACUACUCAGCUUGUAAUGGUAUGAAGAUGCUGAGAUGCUGACUGCUUGUGUUGCUUACACACCUUGGGAAACCCAUUAUUGCCGACCAGUUAUACAGAUUUUGGAGCAACAUCUGCUGCCAUCCAGACAAAGAGUCUAUCAGGAAAAACCUUCAAAUUUCAGCAAGACAAUCACAAACCACAUUCUGCAGGGAUUACAACAGCGUAUCUCUGUAGUAGAAGAGUCCAGGUGCUAAACUGACUUCCCUGCAGCCCAGACUUAACCUAUUGAAAAUAUUUGGUGGAUUAUGAAACAAAAACAUCCGUAAAGGAGACUUCCUCCCUGUUGAACAACUGAAACCUUUUAUCAGACACGAAUGGGACAAUAUCCCACUUUCCAGACUCUGGGACUGGUCUGCUGGGUUUCCAAACAUUUAUAGAGUUGUUCAAGGAAAUGCAACACAGAGGUAAACAUGCUCCUGUCUUACAUGUUUAACAGGUGUUGCUGUCUUCAAAUGUAAAAAAGAUUUUCAUAAAACAAGAAAUUCUCUGCAUGUGUUGUAUUUGCAGUUGAUUAUAGGAAUGAAAUGAUUUGCAUUCUAUCAGAUCUUGUCUUUACUGACAGGAAGCCUUUUGAAUUGGGUUUGCAUAUUUAGGAGGCAAUGAAAGAUUAUAAUGCAAAAGAGAGUAAGUUAUUUAGACUGGUCCUAAAUUUAGAGCCUUUAAAGGUCUUAUUCUGGGAGACACUGAGAGCUUGUGCAGGUUUGCUUAAGCUGAAUUAAAUUUGCUCUUUUUCUAGUUUUAGCUCAAACCCAGGCAGCAGUGUUCAGAGCUGAUCUUGGCGUAUCAGUGGAUUGUUCUGGGAGAGCAGUGAAAAGAGCUUUGUUGUAAUCUAAUCUACUGGAAUAAAUGCAUGAACAAGAAUUUUGUAGUCAUGUUAGAAAAAGAGCUGCCAAACCUUUGCAGUGAAAGAAAGCGGCUUUGGUCGCCGUCUUUGUGCAGGAUUUAAAUUUUUGAAGAGAAAACUGCCCUGCAAUUUCGGAAAGGAGAAGUUUUCUUUCUGUUUGUGGAGAGAGUGAUUCAGACCAGCCUCCACACUGAGGUCCAAAGAAACAUGUACAGGAACUUAUCAUGUGGCUUACUUUACAGUUAAUCUUAACAUAGCUUCUUUGGACUACUGAGCCUACAACCCAGUGUCUAAACUGCUAAUUAAACUUGUCAUUUCAUCUGUCUCUCCUUCUCCUUCCAGCCUCAUCUUCCUCGGCCCAUCCAUCGAGCAGCUGGGUUUCUGGGAGGUUUUAUGGGCCAUCAGUAUCACCAACUUUGUAAUUAAGUUCCUCUACAUGGGGAUCAAGUGCCUUAUUCUGCUGCUGCCAUCCUCCCUGGUGACCUACAGAGCCCAGGUGAGAAAAAAAAACUCUCAAGCUCCACAGAAGCGGUGCUGGUUGAGUCUCUUCGUCUUUUCAUGCCUCAUUGUUUCUUCAGGGCCGAUGGCUGAUGCUGACAGAGGAGGUGGGUCAGGUACACCAGGCCAUGGCGCCUGUUCCACUGUGGUUCCGCUACCUGGUCACCUACCAGGAGGCUGAUGGGACCCCUGGGCUCACACUGGGGGUCCUGCUGGCUUUGCUCUACCUCAUUCUGAAGGUCAGUUCGAAGCAGAUUGUUGUCAAAAUGUUGUUGAAAGAAGUCGGGCCUUUGAAAAACAUCUCUCUUUUUUUUUCUACUCCUCAGCUUUUAGGAUUGUACGGACAAUGGACGUCGCUACUGAAAACUGUGAGGAUAUUUCUAAAGGGCGAGGUCAGUGGUCCAGAAUGUUUUUUUUGUUAAAUACUGAACCUUCAGAAUAAGGAAUCAGCCGUGUUGAGAGUUGUCUUUUCUUCUUUUCCUCAGCACACAGGCUCAGCAGCCAGCAGGAGCCAGUGCAGCGAGGCUGGAGAUGUUUGCCCCAUCUGUCAGGGAGAGUACAGGGAGGCUCGGGCGCUGCUCUGUCAGGUAAAACCACACAAGAGUGCACUGCAUGGCCUGUUGUGCUGUAGCAUGUCAUUUUGGCUCAUUGCACUGUGCCGCUAAUACAAACUCUUAACCCGCUCUGACGCACUGACAGAGCCCGACAGGAUGAUGAGAGUGUUUUAGAGAGGAGCGCAGCCUCAUCCUUGUGUCAAACUGCAGUGACAGGCCCACAAGUUUUAGCUGGUUGGAGUUUCUGUCUGUGCACAUGUGAGGGCGCACUCACCCCAUACCAGGUCAAAGCCAUGUGUCCCCCUUUCAUGUCUGAAGACUUUUACCCUGGGAUUCCACAGGAUCUGGAACGGCUCUGCUCAUUCAGCGCCCACCGGAUCUGAUCCGCUGCAGAAAGCAGAGGAGUAGCGCUCACGAUAUUACUGAUUUUUUCUCGCAAGACUGGACGAGAUCACACGAGAUCUCGCGUGUUUCCCUGUGCGACAUUGAAUGAGAUUGGCGGUGUAUAUAAACAACCACAUCCCACAACCCUGGCCUCUCCUAUUAUCAAGUUAAAAACACUUCAAUGUAUUGACAUUAUUUUGAAAACUAACCAGAUAUUUUACUCUAUACCCGCAUACAACUUCCGCUGCUGCUCGUGCUGCCCUGCACUGAAUUGAUGAGCUGUGCUGCGGUGUCCGGCAAAAAUUGAAGCCUUGCGUAUCUGAUCCGACCGCCGGGGCAGAUCCGCAGCGGAGCGAGGCAGCAGACGGAUUGUGUGGAAUCACACACAUUGAUUAUAAUACUUUGCGUAUUUGAUCCACCUGCCGUUCCGGAUCCUGUGGGUUUUAGCCGUUAGUCACCCUGCAGUGUCUUUAGUUUUUAGGAAGCCCGGGUCAGAGUCAGCACACCAGACAACAGCACUGACUCUGAAUAUUCAUGCCCACCCACGUUUCUCUAUCUCUUACCCAGCAUGCUUUGCUCUCUGAAGGGAUCACUUGCUUCUCCAAAUGCCAUCUUCUGGGUAAAAUGCUGUAACACAAUGAAGUACUUUUCUCAGACUGUUGAUUUGAGGCAGAGAGACUGGAUAAUCGGUGGGUCAGUAAACUGCACUUUAACAGAUAUUGGCGUCAUAUCAGCAUCAGUCCUAACAAGACCGAUAGCCCUGUCAUCUGUUUUCAGUGAAAACCCAUUUUUCCCAUGUCCAACAGGUUACUAGCAAAGAUGACGAUGUUUAGUAGACUUUAAUGUGCAUAAAAAAAUGACUUUACACAUCAUGACUCUUCUUUUAAAAAUGUGAACUGCAUUUUUGACCUCUUACAUUUCUCUGUCUCUAAUCUCAGAUAGCUCAAAAUCUAAAAGACCCUCGUAGAAGUUUUGUGCUGAGCCAAAUAUUGUUCCAUUUCCAUUUAUUGAACAAAAUAUUCAAUCACAUUUAAUAAUCUGGCAGUUUUAGUUCUCAUUUGUCAAACUAAUUAUGGACUAGUUAUGUCUGCAUCAGCUGUAAAAAUAACUGAAGUUUAGAUGAGUAAGGAUCAAGUGUUUCUCACAGCCAUGUCAAACUCGACUCUGUCCCUCUCAGAGUGAAGUGUGUCAGCGUUGUACGUGCUCUCAUGCUGUUGUUUUUGUCUGUGCAGCACAUUUUCUGUGAUGAAUGCAUCGCUCUGUGGUUUAACCGGGAGAAGAGCUGCCCUCUCUGCCGCACCGUCAUCACAGAGAAGGUCUACAAAUGGAGGGACGGAGCCACGUCUCCACACCUGCAGAUUUAUUGAUCAAUGACAGGGAGAGGGAGCUGUUUGGAUGUGGGACACUGGUAUUAGCUUGUAUUUAAUAUUUUUUUUAUUCCUCCGGCUGAAACAUACACUGUUUGAUUAAUCAGCAAAGGGCUGUGAUCCUGACAGGUCACAUGACUUGCACCUACUGUGUGCAUGUCUCUGGAUUAUUCACCAGAACAUCCAUACUGCACUCACAGUAAAGUUGAUUAAUAUUAAUGUUUUUAUUUUCUGAUUUCUGGUUUUUCCCUCUUGUGUUGUUUUUGCUUAUUUUGUCACCUUAUAUCUGAAAAUGACUUUUCCCUGAUAGGGCAGCGAAACGCUCCUUCCACCUGUAAAUAUCAAACAUCAGAGAGAUAUAUUUAAAGAGUCUUUUCAAGACAUUUUCUUUAUAAUACCUUUUGAACAACCAUACAAACACAAACCCUUUCUUACCCAGUGUUUUUCAGUUUGUGGAGGUGAUUCUUGUGUUUUUAAUAAAUGAAAGUGUUGACCUCAGGAGUUCUUUCUGAACCCUGCUUAAACCAGAUCUUUGAGCCUGAAUGUGUUAAAACAAUGUGAGACUUGAGGUCUGAUGAGCGUACUGAAGACGUUUGUAUGAAGCUCUGUACAUCACAUGUCAGCCUGAGGAUGUUAACAAUAACUGUGCGUGUGUGAUGGAUGAACAGUCUGCUUUAUACGCUUUCAGUUUUGAUGACUUAUUUUCACAAAGAUAAUAAGGAUGCAAAUGAGCUUGUGAGAUUGAUUUACACAUAAAUUAUUUUUCUAUCGAGGUGAUGUGACCUCAUGUUUUGUAAAAUACCAAAGACCAGGAGAUGAAUAUAUUUUAUUAUGAGGAGGUCUGAUCACUUUGCUAUUUUUAUCCAUUUAAAUCCAUAAAACUCUCAAUAAAGACCUACAUUUCAGUU